AUGUUGUGUCGAGCCGCCUGCCCCUAUGCGAACCUGGCAGAUACCAAAGAUGUUGAUACGAGCAUCAACCCGCACUCAGGUGCAGUGGUCCCUCGCGCCGUGCCAGGAAAGAAGGGUGUGAUGCUGAUGAACCGCAUCAACCCCUCGUCAUCAGAACUGUUUAUCGCGAAUGCGGACGGUUCCAACGAACGCUCUUUGCUUGGCGACGACUCCGUGUUCGAAUACCACGCAUCAUUCUCCCCUGACAAUAAAAAAGUUAUUUUCACCACUGAACGCAAUGGUGACGGUAACUCCGAUGUCUACAUGGUCAACAUCGACGGUAGCGGCUUGAAAUCAGUCGCUACUACACCCUCUGUUGAAGACGCGGCGGUUGUUUCACCCAACGGGAAGUUUGUCGCCUACGCGUCCACCGCCGGCGUCUACACCUCCAACAUCUGGCUCAUGAACCUUGAGACCGGCGUGGUUCGAAACCUCACCAAUCAAACCGGCGUUACGGGGAAGCCUGAAUCGCCGAACGGGUUCUUCGCGCCGGCCUGGUCGCCCGAUGGAGAAUGGAUCGUCUUUUCCUCGGACCGAAAUACUGCGUGGACAGGUCACGAUGAUGGCUCGGGCUGGGAGCAUACGCAGGAACUGGCUCUUUACGCCAUUACGCCCGAGGGCACUGGUUUUCGCAAGGUGUACGGGAAGUCGGGUCAUACCUACGGAUCGCCCCGAUUCUCCCCGGACGGCAAGCGGAUUGUAUGCUACGAGAUGACUUUGCAAGCAACAUGGGACUCGAGGACAGCUUUCAGCGUGAAUUCAUCGGAAAGCCAGAUCGUUUCAGUAAACUUCAAGUCUGGUAACGAUUUUGUUCGACACACCAAUACAUCUGGUGUCAAGAUAUACCCGCAGUAUGUCUCAAAUACCGACAUCGGAUACCUGAUAAAGGGUGGAGAUGCUGGCGGAAUUCACUAUACUUCUAGCUCGAAAAAGAUCCUCGGCGGUAUGCGUUCCCCGGCGUGGUCUGCCGACGGCAAAUAUGUUGUCUACGAGAAGACUGGGUGGGAUAUUCGGCCAUUGCAGAAGGAGCUCUGGUCCUGGGACUCCGAGUGGGAUUACCGCUUCAUGGACGUGUUCCCCCAACUCUCCCCCCAGGGAAAGCUGGCCUUUACCACCAAGCAGACCGGCAAUCCUGGAAACAGCUCGGUGGCGGUUUCGGCGCCCGACGAUCCAGACUUUGUUAUUGCGUUUGAUACGGACGCAUCAGGCGUCCUUGACCCAGACACGGUGGCCAGGGGUGGUGGUGGAUCGUUUCAGCCUGCAUGGUCGAUGGACGAAGAGUGGAUCGCAUUCGGGCUUGGAUCUUGGUUCCAGAGCCGUGACAAAGCCCCCGGGUGGAUCUUCCGGACCAAGGCAGAUGGAUCGAGCUUCGAGCAACUGACCUUCGGCAACUCAACCAACAAGGGGUACCCCAGCUUCUCUCCCGACGGCAAAAUGAUCGUCUACCGCGAAUGGAUGCCCGGUCUCGGUCUGCGUCUGCUGAAUUUGGAGACCAACAAGACUAAGACUCUGACUACGGAGCGUGAUAACUUGCCGUAUUUCUCCCCGGACGGGGAGUGGGUGCUAUUCACUCGCAACAUGACCGACUUGUCCCGGGAUGAGUUCUCGAACUACGAGGUGUGCAUCAUUCGUCCGGAUGGAACGGAUCUCACUGUACUCACUACGUCGUUUGCCAACGAUGCACACGCCGUCUGGACGGCCGAUGGUCGCAUCUUGUGGUCAAGUGGGAUGUGGGGAUUCCAGGCAGAGGCCGCGACUUACGAUAACACGUUCCAGCCCUAUGGCCAGAUCAUGAUCAUGGAUAUGGAUGGCUCGAACAUGAAGGUCUUGACGGAUAGUCUUUGGGAAGAUGCCAUGCCAGUAUACGUCCCCAACGCUUUUUUGGACCAGUAA